AUGUACGACUUCUACAGAGACGGCGAUGAUCAUUUUAAAACUGGAGGCACUGAGCACAUCGUGAUCAAUUGCUCAGGCCGUGUACCGCAGGCCAAAUUACGCCUGACGCGAUUGCAACAUUUGCUCAACCUUGCCAAUGCCAAGAAUGCCUUGACCUCAACCUUGCGAGGGCCGCUAUGGAGGGCUUACCAAGAUUGCCUGAGAUACACACCAUACCUUCCUACCUUGUUGUCUCGUCGAGCUUGGGAUGUGUUGUGGAAGUCGCAGUAUAUGGACUUUCUCAAUAUGCAGCGUCGACAGGGUCGUUUGAUCCAACUGCACGCCGACCUUCUUAGAACGAAAAGGUUUGGUCUUGACCUUGCUGGGCAGGUUGCUUAUCGUCUUGAAAGAAAGUUCAUGGCUGGCUUCCAGCAAGAGGCACUUGAGUUAUGGAAGGACCAUCGCCAUCGAUACCCGGAUGCGCCCGAGUUCUUGGAUACAGGCGCAAGGCUCUACGCGCUCGAAGGAGUCCCCGAUCGUGCGCGGGAAAUUAUGGAUCGAUUGUUUGAGCUGGAACCGGACUGGCACGAGUCCGUGAUGUUGGUAGUGUUUCGCGCCUACACCAGCUCGCAAAGGGAACAACACCUUGAACAGGCAAGACAUAUGUACAAAGCCAUAAAAAUCAAGGUUGGUGACAAUGGCUCCAUCGAGAUAUACGAUAAUUGCCUGCUUGGAUUCCUGGAGGCACGAUCGUUGCCGGACGCAAGGCGAGUGUUUCGAGACAUGGUCGAAGCCGGCUGUCUCGACUACACCGGAUCCGAAUCGCAGAUUCAGCAAGUUCUCCGGAGACUCAAUCGUUUGUACGCUCUAGCCCCCGACAUCUCUAGCAUGUCUACUGUUGCACUGGAUGCUAUCGCGGUCUUACCGGUAGCAUACCACGGUCAUCUUUUCAGCGACUGGAUGAAGCACUCAUAUCUGCAGGACUCACCUCAUGUAGUUGCUCAAAUCCUUGACUUGAUGGUUGAGCGCGGGUACCAGCCUGAGACAGUCCAUUUCGAUUUUCUGUUGCGAGCGCUCUUCCGCACCAAAAAGCCCGACGAUGCUCUGAAAGCGGAAAGCCUCGGUUGGAAGAUGGUCGAAGAGGCUCGCCUGUUCUCGACGCUUGUGAAUCGGUCCGCUCCAGAAAGCCGCGUGUUGGCCAUCAAGGAACAGCUGGAAAGCGACAUUGUGCUUGAUCCAGACUCUCCAAUACAGACACCUGCAGCGAACACUUUAACAUUCGCCUUGCUCAUGGGCCAUCACGCCGAACGCUCGCAGUGGGAGCAUGUCGACUUUCUCACAAGACAGCUAAGGGAGGCCAAUGUUGCUCCUGAUUGCACGAUUAUGAAUGUGCUCAUCAACAAUGAGAUCCGGAAAGGGCAGUUUGUGGAAGCAUUGCAGAUCUACAGAAAGCUCACCGGCGAUGGAACCCAAGAGGGGACCGUUUUCCCUGACGGAGAAACAAUGAGGUGUCUGUGGAAGAAUCUCCAGCACGCGUUGAAACUCCAACAGGAUUCUGGCAGUCAGGACAGCCUCAAUCUGCCUACACCCCGCGAGUUGCUACGCGAAACUGUGGAAUGGUGGAGGCUGGUCCGUCAGCGCUCGGACGCUGACCAGUUCCGUCGCGGACUGAUUGGGCUGCGUAAGAACGGAGCCCACCGGCUGUUGCUCCAUUGCUUCAAUCAGUCACAAGAUCUAGCUGGGGCUCUCGUGGCCCUGCAUGUCCUGCAGCUUGAGUGGAACGUUUACCCUACAGUAGGGGAUGUAAGAAGGUUGCGCAAGCAGAUUGCAUGGGUGUCCAUGCAGGACCAGACCGGCUCGGCACGCCUGCAAUUCAGUCUCAGCAACAACAACGAGAGGAAUAUGGAACGACUGGGUUACACUUUUGACCGGAUACGCGACCGCAGACUCGAAGAACGAGGCGCAAGUGGCGCUGAAUUCCCGAUGACCGAGGCGGAUACGGGCCAUUUCGAUCUCGGGACGAUCAGCGAGUUUGUCAGAGUCAUCAUGCUCGGGAAUCGUUCUCCUCAAGUUGUCGAACGUGAGAUCCACGCCGCGCGGCAAGCUACUGGAGUUUCAGAUUUGCCGAUUGGCGAUGUAUCCGCCUUCGACUUGGUUGAGGACGAUUGGUGGUAG